AUGAAUCAACUACAGGGGCCAUCCGAAACACAAAAGCUCACGCCUCCGGCUGUGAAGGACCCCGUGGCGGUCACUGUGGCUACGUAUCUGCGCCAUCACAAGAUCUUGAAACAGAGACAGGGAUUCAACAUCAACACAAAGGAAAAACAGGACUUCUUCAGGUACAAGAGAUGUAUAAGGGCAUUGCUGAGCGACGAGUACAAGAAACAACAGGCCAAACAGCCCUCGCUCCCUGCUAUUGCUGACAACGCGCAGGCACAGAGAAUGUUCAUUUUGAUGAUCCAGAACCAGCUCAUCCAGCCGGUCAAGAAGCUCAAGACACAGGAAGCAAAACAAAAGAAGGCCAAGCUCGAAAAGGGCGUUCCGUGUCUCGAGUCGACCACAAAGGCUGUUUUGCAGCCAGACGAAUAUUUCGUGUGGACCUUCACUCCUCCAAACCCGUACCUUGUCGUGUACUCUCUACUAGGGCUUGUGGCCAUAUUCACGGUGAUCCUGUUCCCCUUGUGGCCAUUUUGGAUGAGAAAGGGUGUUUGGUACCUAAGUACGUGCCUGCUGGGUCUGAUCGGUCUGUUCUUCGCGCUCGCCAUAGUCCGACUAAUCAUCUACGUGUUCACGCUGGUGUUUCUUCCUUCGCAGUUCUGGCUCUUCCCGCGACUAUUCGACGAUUGCGGCUUCUUUGACAGUUUUGUGCCGCUCUACGCAUGGGAAGACCCUAAGGGGAAGGGAAAGAAGAAGAAAACCCGGACCGCGUCCGAACAAAAACAAGCACCGGCUGUUUCGUCGCAGUCAGAAAAAUAUACUACAACGGCCACCAAACGGGCCACAGUCGAGGAAAUCGAAUAG